GAAUAUCAAACAAGCAAUUGACUUUGUGCCUUCUCGUUGAGGCUGUCAUACAGCCCCACCGAUGCCUUGGCUUCCCUAUUGAGGCUCCUCGUUUUUAUAUCGGUCUCGAUUCACCAUUCACCAAGCCAUUGUGCAGCAUUGAAGACCGCUAGUCAAGGGAGUCAAGCGCAAUGGCAUCUUCCUCGAGCCAGGCAGCAGAAAACGAAGCAAUAGUCAAAUCCUAUCGGAGAUCUCGAUCAGGCUGCUUUACCUGUCGUCUAAGACGGAAGAAGUGUGAUGAGACUCGUCCAAUAUGCGCAUCGUGUGCCAAGCUUGGAUUGAAAUGCGACUACAGGACCCCCGGUUGGUGGCAGAGCGUGGACCAACGGCGACGGCAGAAAGACAUGAUCAAAAAGAGAAUACGGCAAACCAAAGUCAUCGAAAAGGAAGGAAACAUGAAAGAGUACAUGGAUCGAAUUCGCGCGCUCGCUCACAAGCCUCCUGUGACCAUGGACAAUGGUUUCACCAAUCCAGUGUUCGUGGAACAACCGACCGCAAUCAUGCAGCCCCUUCCGACCCCUGCUACGCCUAGCGAGAGUCAAUUCAAGAUUCAGCAGGAUAGCCUCAUGAACGGCAUGGCGUUGCCUCCCACUCCUGCUUUGUUUCAGGGCCCAACAUUCGACCAGGGUUCUCUCUUCCCUCAGGGCUCUGUGCUACCACCACCUCCGGCCUAUCCCCAGGGACCGGUUUAUCCCCAAGAAGUGGCUUAUCCACAGGGAUCGGCCUAUACCCAGGGAAUGGCCUAUCCCCGGACACCCGCCUUACCACCGACUCCGGUAUCCGCCCCCUUGACCUCGCCAUUCGUCCAUACACCAACGAUGCCACAGUCUGCGUCCUUCUCUCAACCUCUCUGUCUCCCUCACACCCAAUCAUUUUCUCAGUCAUCAACCUUAGGGCCAACCCCUCUACCACCGACAUUUACCCCUACUGGGAUGGCACAGUUGCCUUCCGAAUCAGCACAACUUACAGCCCAAAACUGGCUUCCCUCCAGCUUCACUUCGCAGAAGAGCUACCAGCAGCCUUCAAGUACGGCUCAAACGGCAUCUUCGCUGAACUCAAGCGUCCGCCGACCGCUCUCGGAGUCACUAAGGAAUUUGAUCUCCGUGGAAGAUCGAGAUCGUCCACUGCUCGACCAUUUUGUGGAUAAGGUUCUGCAAAUCGUGUUCCCCAUACUCGGCGCAACACAGAAAUCUCCUAAGCAUAUCAGUGAGAUACUGAAACUCAUGCAGAACAAUCGCUCCUACCUUCACUGCUGCCUGAGCGUAUCGGCGAUACACCUCAAGAACAGCAUGCGCCUUGAUGAUCAAAUGGACCACGACAUAGUGCAACACCGGUAUGCAGCGAUCUCGCAACUGUCAAGGAUUCUGAACCGUGGCACUGGCCACUUGCAGAUCAUGGAUGCAACAUUGGGGCUCAUAUUUUUCCACUGCUCGGUGGGGACUUCCGAUGACUAUUUGCCCGACAUUCCCUGGAAUCAGCAUUUUGUAGCCGUCUCAAACCUUGUGAAGAAGCUGGACUGCACCCCAAGCCAGUUCAAUGUCUCUCUCAUCGCAUGGAUCGACAUCCUGGGUAGCACAAUGCUUGGCGUCACCCCGGAAUUUUCUCAUACCUAUCGCACCAAGCAUCUGAGCGGAGUAUCAUCCGGACUGCAACAGAUGAUGGGAUGCGACGAUCGCGUCAUGUACUUGAUCUCAGAAAUCUCUUGUCUGGAAUCGCUCUGGAUCGAGGGUCGAGUUGACGACUUGUCCUUGUAUCAACAUGUUUGCGCUCUCAAUUCCCAAAUCAACUGGACCGAGCCCGUCAAUCCGGCAGUCGAAAACCCCUACACAUUAGAGGGUGCCAUCAAGCCUGAGCAGCUUACGAAGAUUGUCACAGCUCUAUUUCGCAUUGCGGCGCGUAUCUACGCUCAUAGCUUUCUUCCUACGUUUGAUAGCUACGAUCCCAUCGUUAUGAGUUGGAUUACAGCAAUGGGCGAGAUCCUACAAUGUAUUCCGCCGGGUCCAUCGGGCUUCGACCGUUGCCUAGUUUGGCCGCUAUUUAUGGCAGGCAUAUACUCCGUACCAGCAAGCCUGUUCCGGAAGACGAUCGCCGAAAGAGUCGCAGCACUGGGGUUUCUCGGCCAUUUCGGAAGCAUAAGUCGCAUGUACCGCGUCUUGAAGGAAUUCUGGAGAGUAGCAGAUGAGACGGCUUCUGUUCCCGGGAGCGGCACCAGAACCCGCAAACAACGACCCGCUGCAACAACAGCAGCGGCCGCCGAUAGCACCGGCUUGCAAGCCGAUCAACAGGAGCAAUUCCUUCAACCAGAGCAGUACCGGCCACAGGACCAGUACCCGCAGCAGGAGGAGAAGAAUCACAUUCAUUGGCGUGAGAUCAUGCGGAAGAAAAAGUGGCACUAUCUCCUAAUGUAGUUCGCGAAAACGAGCCAAAAGCUCAACAUGAUCGAUUGGACGAUCGGCCAACAAAGUGCCUGGGAGGUAUGUAACAGGAUCUGACUCCUCCGACCUACCUAUCCAAAGGCAAUAUUGA